UCGUACAGUCAUCCACGUCCUUUACAUGAUUAAACCUCGUGCUUGCAUAUGGUGUGUUAAAAUAAAGGAAAUAAAUUAAAUUUGAUAUGGACUAUUAACUCACGGAGUGACAUCUUUAUUUGUUGUUGGUAAGAUUUAGUAACAUUCGCGCCAAAUCAUCGUGAGCUACUUGAAUGGGACCGACGCAAUCACGAUCUCUUUAAAUGAAGUAGCGGCCGUCUUUGGUUGAUUGAAAAUGUCCGCCAAACCAAGUAAUGGUUUCAUGAAUCGAAAAUCGCAUCUUUGGCGCCGCUAUCGCUCUUUGUCGAGUGUCAAAAAUCCAAGCACUCGCCACAUGGAUCCCCGCUGGAAUCUCGACAACGUCACAACUUGGGACACCUCCUUCGCCAAUCGCUAGGAUAUGGAGCUCGCCAGGUACGAGGGGGACGGGUCGCCUCCCGUGGAUAACAACGAGACCGGACGGCGGCUAUGAUUGGGCAGCCGGACCCUCGAGUGAGUGAUGAACCACAUUUUGACGAGCGACUACCCUCGUCUACGAUACCCUCACUUCCAUCCACCGAAGAACGGUGGCAGUGACGGUGGCGGCUUCAUUACCCGUAUGCCAUAUUCCCUCCCCCCCUCCCCCCUCCCCGAGGCUGCAGGAGCCGAAGGAGGGACCAGAGUGGAAGGCGCCGUCGGAGUACGCCAUGGUCGCCAACGACUUUAGGUGCCCCGGUGACCCGAAGGAUUUCCCGGGCCAACACGUGAACAUCUGCGCCUCUCUCAAACCGCCACUGUCUUAGCUGGUGGAGGCUGGCCGGUCAUGGUGGGUGAAGGAGGAAUAGGCAUGUCGUGCACACCGUGGUGGCAACGGGGCCUACGAUGUAGUGGAUGCGGCCAUCUAUCCCCGGCGCGUGCGACAUCACAGCCUCUACGGGAUGCAACCACCACCGCCGCCUCGUAGGUUCGAGCCGCGCUCGGCGAGCGGCGACGACGGCUCCUCCGACGAGGGCAACUACGAGUACAUGUACUAUAGGCCUAGAUAUGAGUAUGUCUAGUCUUUUAUUUGUGUAAGAGAAUAAAAAUAAUUUAAGGAGCCAAGUUAGGGAAGCUACAUUCCUCUGACUUUCCUUCUUCAUAUUCAUAUUAUUCAUAUUCAUAUUAUGAAGUCUAUUUUGAUCUAAAUUAACUUGCAUAAUAAAUAUGUGUGCUAUCCAAGUUAGGGCGGCAGCACUCAGUACACUAGAGGUGCCUUCAGCUCCUGCAACGUCUCCGCCAUGCUCGCACUCGCGCUAAAUUACCUCCCCGUGCGCUGACAAGAGAAACUACACCGUGAGGAGCGAUUACGACCUCCUCAUCUAGGCCAAGCACUGCCCUAAACUCCCUCCAUACUGGUUUACAGGGCAAUUACGUUUUUCGAGAAAAACUUUAACUAACAAUUUGGUCAAUAAAAUAUAGAAUAUAUAUUACAAAAAAUGUGUCAUUGAAAACUUCUUUUGAAUAUAAAUUAAAUGGUAUAACUUUUGUGGUAUAUAUUUUAUUUUUGCUGACUAAAUUUGUAGUCAAACUUUUAUCUCGAAAUACGUAAUUGCCCGGUAUGGAGGUAAUAUUCAGCUACGGUGAUUGUUGUCUUGCAGUGGUAGAGGAAGGAGCACAACAUGGAAGCCGGUUCUGAUGGGCCCAGCCUGCAGACCCAUCGCCAAAAAGGAGGCACGAUUCGGCGCGCUCGCCCCUCACCUUCUCUUCCUUCGCCCGCGGCGGCGGCGCAUCCCAAGACUCGAGUUUUUUCUCCUCACAGAGAGAUCACGCGGCGGCCAUGGCCAUGGAAGGAGAGGUGCCCCAUGUUCUCAGGGAGAACCUAGCGUGUAUCCUCGUGCGUGCCAUGUCCGCUACGAAGAACGUCGGGGCCUAGCGCGACCGCCUCCUGCAGCUCCGCCGCCGGCUGCAGCAGCCAAGCCCCGAAGACGAGGUCCAGGAGGAGGUCGCCGCCGGCCUCCGCAAGGUCUACUCCAAGGGCCUCGACUACGGCGCCCGCUACCUCGCGGACUGCCUCGAGACCGCGGCCGAGAACCGCGACAGCCUCUCCUUCAGCAUCCCCGCCUUCGCCGUCAUCCCCAGCGAGCAGCUCUACGGCCUGCUGCGCGGGCAGUGGCACUCCCCGCGACCGACCACCCUGGUCCAGGCCUUCGCCCGCGUCGAGUCCGCCUACUACGCCGUCAUGCUCUCCUUGGAACACCACCUCCCCCGCUGCAUCGAGCUCCUCGUCGGCGUCCGGCCACCCUCCGGCCACCGCCAGCUGGUCGGAGUCAUGAUCGGCUACGCGGAUGACCUCAUCGCCGCCGCCAAGGAGCACCUCCGCCACCUCGCCAAUAGAUUCGAGGGCCGCCUCCCCAACCCCGACACCGACCCAGCCGCCACUGGCAAGCCCCCUCAGGCGGAAAGCACCGUGGACGUGGACCUGGCGCUCACCUACCUCCACCGCUCGUGCUCCCUCACGAGCCUCGCCGUCAAGCACCUGGACGUCGCCAUCUCCUUCAUCUCCAGCUUCCUCGACCCGGACGAGGUCGCCAAAAUCUCCGAAUGGACCGACCAACGUACAUACUACAUCUCAGAGGACGGGCCUUAUCCACCAGGUGAAACAGCUUGAACCGUUGAUCGAAGUCGAGGAUCGCGUCAGCCGUUUAACUGGCCUAUUAUUCUCUCCACUUCGUCCAAGCUCCAACCUUUUACACUUCCAGUUCAGUUUCGUCACACAAUCUGCCGCUGCUAUAGUGCUAUCUAUGUUGCAUCUCGGGACGGCCGUGGUUAUCCAUGUUUAAUCUCAUCAGGCCUAGAAGGUACUACUGGUGCAAUGCUGUAAUGUCAUAAUAUCUGAACCUUGUCUGUGGACGAUCGCACGAACUGAA